GCCUGGCUGUUGCUGAUGCAACAAGACACGUGCCUGUCAGGACCUGGGCCCAGUGAACGCUCUGGCUCGUUCUGGACUCUAUGGAUGGCAGGGGAUGGGGGGAGGUGUCAGUCUCCUCCUGCACUUCCCCCCUGUCCUCUGUACAGCUCAGCCACCUCCGGUAUCACAAGAGAUGGUUUCUGUCUCUGUUGCGCACUCUUCUGGUUGCCAUGGUGACCCCUGCGAGGAUGCAAGUGGGGAGAAAAGCCACUCUUGGGUGACCAUGUGUGGCUGGACCCUCCCUCCACCAGCCAGACCGGCGUGGCCAUCGGGGCCAUUGUCAAAGAAACGAAACCGGGAAAGGUCUUGAUUGAGGAUGAUGAGGGCAAGGAACACUGGAUCCGUACAGAAGACCUCAGCACCCUCAGGGCCAUGCACCCCAACUCAGCCCAAGGGGUGGACGACAUGAUCCGCCUAGGGGACCUGAAUGAGGCCGGUGUGGUGCACAACCUCCUGGUCCGAUAUAAGCAGCACAAGAUCUAUACCUACACAGGCUCCAUCCUGGUGGCUGUGAACCCGUUCCAGAUGCUGCCCCUGUACACCGUGGAACAGGUUCAAAUCUACUACAGCCGCCACAUGGGCGAGCUGCCUCCCCACGUCUUCGCCGUCGCCAACAGCUGCUACUUCAGCAUGAAGAAGAACAAGAAGGACCAGUGUUGUAUCAUCAGCGGCGAGUCUGGGGCCGGGAAGACUGAGACCACUAAACUCAUCCUUCAGUUCCUGGCCACGGUCAGUGGCCAGCACUCAUGGAUCGAGCAGCAGGUCCUGGAGGCCAACCCCAUCCUGGAAGCCUUUGGCAACGCCAAGACCAUCCGCAAUGACAACUCCAGUCGCUUCGGGAAGUACAUUGACAUCCACUUCAACUCUAGCGGGGUGAUCGAGGGCGCCAGCAUCGAGCACUUCCUUCUGGAGAAGUCCAGAGUCUGCCGCCAGGCUGCAGAGGAGCGCAACUACCACAUCUUCUACUGCAUGCUGAUGGGGAUGAGCCCGGAGGAGAAGAAAAUGCUGGGUCUGGGCAUGCCCUCUGAGUACCAUUACCUGACCAUGGGGAACUGCACAUCCUACGAGGGGCUCAGUGACGCCAAGGACUACGCGCAUGUCCGCUCGGCCAUGAAGAUCCUCCACUUCUCAGACUCUGAAAACUGGGACAUCAGCAAGAUGCUGGCGGCCAUCCUCCACCUGGGAAACGUGGGGUUUAUGGCUGCGGUCUUCGAGAACCUCGAUUCCUCUGACGUGAUGGAAACCCCAGCCUUCUCCUUUGCAAUGAAGUUGCUAGAGGUGCAGUACCAGGCUCUUCGAGACUGUUUGGUCAAGCACACCAUCCCCGUCCGUGGAGAGUAUGUCUCCAGGCCCUUGAACAUUGCGCAGGCUGCAGACCGAAGGGACGCCUUUGUCAAGGGCAUCUAUGGACACCUCUUCCUGUGGAUCGUCAAGAAGAUAAACGCUGUGAUCUUCACACCAGCAGCCCAGGAUCCCCAAAGUGUGCGGAGGGCCAUCGGUCUCCUGGACAUAUUUGGUUUUGAAAACUUCCAGAACAAUAGCUUUGAACAGCUCUGCAUCAACUUUGCCAACGAGCAUCUUCAGCAGUUUUUUGUGAGACAUGUGUUCACGAUGGAGCAGGAGGAGUACCUCUCUGAGAACAUCACCUGGGACUACAUCCGCUACACCGACAACCAGCCCAUCCUGGACCUGCUGGCCCUCAAGCCCAUGAGCAUCGUCUCCCUCCUAGAUGAGGAGAGCCGCUUCCCACAGGGGACCGACGUCACUAUGCUGCAGAAACUGAGCAGUGUGCAUGCCAACCACAAGUCCUUCCUGAGACCCAAGAACAUCCAUGACACCCGAUUUGGGAUUGUGCAUUUUGCCGGCGACGUAUACUACCAGGUAGAAGGCUUCCUGGAGAAGAACCGAGACAUGCUGAGCACAGACAUCCUCAACCUGGUUCAUUCCUCCAAAAACAAGUUCCUGAAGGAGGUAUUCAACCUGGACUCACCGCAGACAAAGCUGGGCCAAGGCACCAUCCGCCAGCUGAACGCAGGAAGCCAGUUCUUCAAGUCGUCAGACCACGCCAAGCGCCCCCCCCUCACCCUCGCAGGCCAGUUCAAGCAGUCCCUGGACCAGCUGAUGAAAAUUCUGAGUCACAGCCAGCCCUACUUCAUCCGCUGCAUCAAGCCCAACGAGUACAAGAAGCCACUGCUGUUUGACCGGGAGCUAUGCAUUCGGCAGCUGCGUUAUUCCGGCAUGAUGGAGACCGUGCAAAUCCGCAAGUCAGGGUUUCCCAUCCGCUACACGUUUGAUGAGUUCUCGAAGAGGUUCCGCAUGCUGCUGCCCAGCUCCGAGCGCAAACAGUUUCAAGACAAGCACCGCCAGAUGACCUUGCGUAUAGUUGACCGGUGCCUGGGGACAGACAAAGACUGGAAAAUGGGAAGAACCAAAAUCUUCCUGAAGGAUCACCAGGACACAACGAUGGAAAUCCAGAGGAGCCAGGCCCUGGACGGAGCAGCGGUCUGCAUCCAGAGAGUCCUUCGGGGACACAAAUACAGGAAGGAGUUCCUGAGGCAGAGACAGGCAGCUGUGACUGUCCAGGCUGCAUGGCGAGGCCACUACCAAAGAAAGAAUUUUGAACUGAUCCUAGUGGGCUUCAAGCGCCUGCAGGCCAUUGCCCGGAGCCACCAGCUAGUGAGACAGUUCCAGACCAUGCGGCAGAAGAUCGUGCAGCUGCAGGCCCGUUGCAGGGGCUACCUGGUACGACAGCAAGUCCAGGCCAAGAGGAGGGCGGUGGUGACCAUUCAGGCACACGCCAGAGGCAUGGCCGCCCGACGGAAACUCUGUAAACAGAAAUCCACUGGACCUCCGGUUAUUAUGCCUGACAAGCCAAAGGAUCGAGGCGCUGCCCCUGACAGGAAGCGCAAGUCCAUCUACGACACUGUCACUGACACAGAGAUGGUGGAGAAAGUGUUCGGGUUCCUCCCAGCCAUGAUUGGAGGCCAAGAGGGCCCAGCCCCGACACGCUUUGAGGACCUGGAAGUAAAGACCCAGAAACUGCCUGAGAUUGACCUGGACACGGUGCCCAUGACCGAGAUGCCAGAGGAUGUGGACGGUCUGGCUGAGUACACCUUCCCCAAGUUCGCCGCGACUUACUUCCAGAAAUCAGCCAGCCACACUCACGUCCAGAAGCUCCUCCGGUACCCGCUGCUCCACCACGAAAACAACACGGACCACUCGGCAGCUCUAGCUGUAUGGCCCAUCAUCCUGAGGUUCAUGGGUGACCUCCCAGAGCCAGUGCUCUAUGCCGGGAGCAGCUCACUGACGCCGCAGAACCAUGACAGGCUGGGAAAGGGCAGCGACACUCGGGACCCACAGCACAACGGAUAUGCCCAGGUGGCCAGGAAGCUGAACGCUGGUGAAGAGGUGUUCAAGCCCGAUGUCCCUGUCUCAGAAAGGCCCAUGUCUAACCUGGAGAAGGUGCACUUCAUCGUGGGCUAUGCCAUCAUGCGUCCCGGACUCAGAGAUGAGAUCUACUGCCAGAUCUGUAAGCAGCUCUCCGAGAACCACAAGACAAGCAGCAGGGCCCGGGGCUGGAUUCUGCUCAGCCUCUGUCUGGGCUGCUUCCCACCCUCCGAGAGGUUCAUGAAGUAUCUGCUGAAUUUCCUUGGCCAAGGACCAGCCAGCUACGGGCCGUUCUGUGCUGAGCGCCUGCAGCGCACUUUCAGCAAUGGGGUGCGUGCAGAACCUCCCACCUGGCUGGAGCUGCAGGCUGUCAAGUCCAAGAAGCACAUCCCGAUCCAGGUUGUCCUGGCAACUGGAGGGAGCCUGACUGUCUCCGUGGAUUCUGCCUCCACGUCAGGAGAAAUCUGCCAGCACAUUGCUCAGAAACAGGGCCUCAGGGACCGUCUGGGCUUCUCCCUCCAGAUCGCUGCAUAUGACAAGUUCUGGUCCUUGGGCAGUGACUGUGACCACGUGAUGGAUGCCGUGGCCCAGUGUGAACAGCUGGCCCAGGAGAGGGGAGAGAGCCAGCGCCAGGCCCCCUGGCGCAUCUACUUCCGGAAGGAGUUCUUCACCCCCUGGCAUGACUCCCGGGAGGACCCUGUGAGCACUGAGCUCAUCUACAGCCAAGUCCUCCGUGGAGUAUGGUCUGGAGAGUAUAGCUUUGAGAAGGAGGAAGAGCUGGUGGCCUUGCUGGCCCGGCACUGCUACGUGCAGCUUGGGGCCUCAGUGAAGAGCGACGCUGUCCGGGAGCUGCUGCCCAGCUGCGUUCCCUCCAAGCUGUACCGGACCAAGCCUCCGGAGAAGUGGGCUAGCAUCGUCACCGCUGCCCAUGCCAAGGCCCCGUAUACCCAGUCAAAAGCCGCCCCGCUGGCGGUGAAGGAGCAGACGGUGGAGGCUGCCCGUGUGCUGUGGCCCCUGCUCUUCUCCAGGCUGUUUGAAGUCACCACACUCUCUGGCCCCCGCCUUCCCAAGACACAGCUGAUUUUGGCCAUUAACUGGAAGGGGAUGUGCUUCCUGGACCGGAAGGAGAGGAUGCUGCUGGAGCUGACCUUCGCGGAGGUCAUGGGUCUGAUCGCCAACAGGGAUGCCCCCGGUGGACAGAGAAUGCUCCUAUCGACGCUGCAUGAAGAGUAUGAGUUUCUCUCCCCCAGCAGCGUGGCCAUUGCAGAGCUGGUGGCCUUGUUCCUGGGAGGCUUGAAGGAGAGGUCUGUGUUCGCCAUGGCCCUGCAGGACAGGAAGGCCACAGACGAUGCUACCCUUCUGCCCUUCAAGAAAGGGGACUUACUGAUCCUGACCAAGAAACAGGGACUGUUGGCCUCGGAGAACUGGGUCCUGGGCCAGAAUGACAGAACAGGCAAGACAGGGCUGGUACCCACUGCCUACCUGUACAUCAUCCCCUCGCUCACCAAGCCCUCGGCCCAGCUGCUGAGCUUGCUGGCCAUGUCGCCAGAGAAACGGAAGCUGGCAACCCAGGAGGUGCGGGCCGCGGAGCCCCUGCUUGAGGAGCAGUCCUCGGAGUCACCGUACACCCUGGAGGAGUUCUCCUACCAGUACUUCAGGGCCCCGGACAAGGAGACCAUCAGCAUGGCCACCAUGCCUAUGGCCCGCAGCCGAGGCCAUCUGUGGGCCUACUCCCCGGAGCCCCUGCGCCAGCCGCUGCUCAGAAGUGUCCACGAAAAAGCCAAACUUCGGGAUAUGGCCUGCCAGAUCUUCCUUGCCAUCCUCAAGUACACAGGCGACUAUCCUUCCCGGCAGUCCUGGCACAGCCUGGAGCUCACAGAUCAGAUGUUCUCGCUAGCCCAGCAGGACCCGGCCCUUCAGGACGAGCUGUACUGCCAGAUCCUGAAGCAGCUGACCCACAACUCCAUCAGGUACAGUGAAGAGCGGGCGUGGCAGCUGCUGUGGCUCUGCACAGGCCUCUUCCCGCCCAGCAAAACGCUGCUGCCCCAUGCUCAGAAGUUCAUAGACUCCCGGAAGAAGAAACCGCUGGCUCCUGACUGCAGCCGCAGGCUCCACAGGGUUCUGAGGAUGGGGCCUCGGAAGCAGCCCCCACAUCACACAGAGGUGAAGGCUGCUGAACAGAAUGCCUCCAAGCUGUGCCAUGAGGUCUACCUCCCCAAUGACACCUCUGAGACAAUGGAGGUGAACAGCAGUAGCCGGGUGCGAGACCUGUGCGAGGGCAUCGCCACGAGGCUGAAGCUAGCGUCCUUGGAUGGCUGCAGCCUCUUCAUCAACAUCAUAGGCAAGGUCAUCAGCCUGAAGGAAGGAGAGUUCUUUUUUGACAGCCUUAGGCAGGUGUCUGACUGGGUGAAGAAGAACAGGCCCCAGAAAGAAGGGGCCCCCAUAACACUUCCCUACCAGGUGCUCUUCAUGCGGAAACUGUGGCUCAACGUGACCCCCGGGAAGGAUGUGAAUGCGGACACCAUACUCCACUACCACCAGGAGCUACCCAAGUACCUGCGAGGGUUUCACAAGUGCUCCCGGGAAGACGCCAUCCACCUAGCGGGUCUCAUCUACAAAGUCCAGUUCGGCAUUGACCAGUCUCAACUGGCUAAUGUCUCAAAGAUCCUGAAGGAUCUAGUGCCUCAGAACCUCACAAGACUGAUGUCCUCCGAGGAGUGGAAAAAGAACCUCCUUCUGGAAUGUGACAAACACAAGAACAAAACCACGGCCGAGGCCAAGGUGGAGUUCCUGAAGUGGAUCUCCCGCUGGCCUACCUUUGGGUCUGCUUUCUUUGAGGUGAAGCAAACCUCCGAGCCUUCCUACCCAGACAUUCUCCUCAUCGCCAUCAACAGACGUGGGUUGCUGCUCAUCCACCCCAAGACCAAGGAGCUGCUGAACACCUACCCUUUCACCAAGAUCUCCAGCUGGAGUAGCGGCAGCACGUACUUCCACAUGGCCCUGGGGAGCCUGGGCCAGGGCAGCCGCUUGCUGUGUGAGACCUCUCUGGGCUACAAGAUGGAUGAACUGCUGACCUCGUACGUACAGCAGCUCAUGAAUGCAGUGAACAGACAGCGAGGCUUCGCGGCCCCCGCCAACCCCUAACGCGUCCCGUCCACACUCAGCCUUCCCCGCGGGGAUCCCACCCCCUCGGCACACCAGAUCUAUCGCCCCUCCUGGGUGCAGAGGCCGACGACGGAAGGUCUCAAGCCUCCUGGAGGGUGAUGGGUCUCAAGCCUCCUGGAGGGUGAUGGGUAACUCCCCCGAAUUCACAAUAAAAGUCACCUACCCGGA